AUGGAUGAGGGCCAGGAAUUUCGUUAUGCCCCGGCAAGCGAGUCUGGAAAGCUCACCAAACAAAUGGGCAAAUCAGCAGUCCAAGUUUCCGGUGAUUAUUUGGCAGGUCUGGUCACCCAUGCUCGUGAAAUGUUGAGGCGUCGCUUUGGCGCUGCCCGCCAAACCUUUGACUUGCAUUAUAUUUUAACCGUCCCCCGCUCUGCUCAUCUAGCGGAGAUUCCGGCGGCCAACCUAACCCUGUUAUCUGAACCUGAAGCUGCAGCAGUAUAUGCCAUUCGGACAAUUCAGCCAAACACAAUCGCGGAAGGAGACUGUUUGAUUGUCUGCGAUGCUGGAGGUGGAACGGUCGAUAUCAUCACCUACCGUGUGAAGCAAACCGAACCACUCAUUUUCGAAGAAGCCACCGAGGGAACAGGCGCUGUCUGUGGCUCAGUGAUGCUAGAUGAGCGGUUCGAUGAUCUCGUCAAAACCAUCAUCGAGCAGAAGUCUGCCAAAGGGCUCCCACCUGUGAGUGCAAGGGCUGCAAGAAGAUACUGGCAGGACUAUAUCAAACCGAAGUACGCGGGGCCUGUGGGCCAAGAUGAGUUCGAUGACCCUGGAUAUUGGGUCUCUAUCCCAGGAGUAUCUGGAAUACGGGAAGUAGAUCUCAGUGAAGGGCAUCUAUAUCUUGAGAAAUAUACAACGUUCCUUACUAAUUCAACCAUGGAUCAAGUCAAGGAAAUUUUCGACCCUAUCGUUCAACAAAUUAAAGAGCUCGUGGCCGAGCAGAGAAGAAAUAUCAAAGAGAUAGGAUUGUUUACGAAGGCUAUCAUCUUGGUCGGAGGGUUAGGUGCAUCUGAAUAUCUCUUCAAGUGCCUCGAGGUGUCAUCCGACGGAAUUCAAAUCAUGCAGCCCCCGAAUGCUUGGUCUGCUGUGGUACGUGGUGCUGUUUACCGUGGACGGGAAGGAAACCAGGUCGAAGGCCGUAUUUCAAGAUGUAACUAUGGCACCGAGAUCCGAGUUCUUUUUGAUCCCAAGAUCCACGGUGCCGAGUUUACUCCCAGGUUAUGUGGCAUUGAGGAAGAAUGGUACAUGCAUGGUCAGAUGCGAUGGUAUAUCAAAAAGGGACAAUCCGUGGCCGAGGGUGACCCCAUAAGGAUGGAACUUGCCCGCGUGUUUGGUCUUAAUGAAUCGCUUGUAUGGCAUGAAACAUUGCGGUUUUGUCUAAUGGCCACAGCUCCUGGGAUUGUGAACGCAAAUAUGUACCCAUUCCCCCAAUUGAUCACCCGAGUGAAGCUGAUAUCACAAGGUGUUGCUGUCUUAUGUCGGCUGGAAGCGGAUCUUAGUCGGGUUCCAAGGGAGCUGUUCCAGAAACAUACAAACUCGAAAGGAGUGGAUUAUUACCGUAUCUGCUUUGAUUUAGUUUUGACACCAACAUCUGCGUCAUUGUUAUUUGACCUGCAAUUUAAUGGCGUUUCUUACGGCAGCGUCAGAUCUCGAUAUUGA